GAUUUAUCGUCAGCUUUGUUGAUGGGUCAUUGUUUAUUCUAUUUCAUUUAUUUUAUUUAAUUCAAUUUAAUUUUGGAACAAACAAAGAAAAACAUGAAAGCUGUAAUUACUGGUGCAUCUGGUCUCUUGGGUAGACCUACUGUCAAGGCAUUUCAACAAGCUGGAUGGGAUGUUAUUGGGACUGCAUUUUCUCGUGCUAAGAAUGGUUUAGUCAAGCUUAAUUUGACAGAUGCUUCUGCAGUUGAAGAAUUUUUAAAGGAGCAAAAGCCUAAUGUUUUAGUUCACUGUGCUGCUGAACGUCGUCCUGAUGUAGCUGAACAAGAUCAUGAGGGUGUUCUUCGUUUAAAUAUUGAGACACCUAGAUGUUUAGCAACUAUUUGUAAAGAGCUUGGAAUUAUGUUGAUCUAUAUUAGUACAGAUUAUGUAUUUGAUGGAAAGAAUCCACCUUAUGAAGUAGACGAUAAGCCUAAUCCAUUACAAUUCUAUGGUAAAACCAAGUUAGGUGGAGAAGAGGCCAUCAAGAGUGUUUAUCCAGAAGCUGUUAUUCUUCGUGUACCUAUUUUGUAUGGUAAAACUGAAUACAAUAGUGAAUCUGCUGUUAAUAUCUUGAUUGAUGUUGUAUUGAAUCAUGAUAAGCCUGCUACUGUUGAUAAUGUUGGGGUUCGAUAUCCUACAAAUGUUCAAGAUGUGGCACGUGUUUUAAAAGACUUGGCAGUUGCAAAGCUUGAGAAGCAUAAAGAUAUUCAAGGCAUUUAUCACUUUUCUGGAGAAGAAUGUAUGACGAAAUACCAAAUUUGUGAAGUAUUAAGUAACGUUUUGAAUGUACCCAUGGAUCACUUAACAGCUCAAAAUACAAUUGAUAAAGCUGCUUCAGUUUCAAGACCCGAGAAUUCUCACUUGUCGAAUAAGCGACUGCAAGAAACAGGAAUUGAUACAAACUUUGUAAAAUUAGGAACAUGGUUUUCUGAAAAUUUAUUAUAAAUUUCUAUAAGGGGCAAAUAUAUAAUUUUUAGUAAUAAAUGACUUAAUAAAAAUCAUUUAUUUGAUUUUUUUACUUUC